GAGGGGCGGGAACUGGGGAGAUUCGCCAAUCGGUGCGGACUCCGGUUUUCCCCAACCCCAGGCCUGGGCAGCUGGGCACUGGGGCGCCGUUCGCCACCCGGCGCGGACUUCGGAACCGGCCCGAGGACUGACUGGCUCUGCCACUCCGCUUCUCCGCUGGACCCGGAGCCCCGGCCGGUCCAUUCCCCGCGAGGAUGCGCGCCCUGGCGGCCCUGAACGCGUCCCCGAGAGAGCGGCUCCUUCCCCGGGACACCGCGGCUCCCCGGGACCCCGACGCCGCGCGGCCGGCGCGCAGGAGCGCAGUGGAGAGGCUGGCGGCGGAUCGCGCCAAGUACGUGCGGGGACGGCCGGGGACUGGCCGGGGCGUCGCUUCCGAGGGCAGCGGCCCCGGGGCGAUCAAGGGCCCGGGGAACGACCCCGGGCCCCCGGCCCGCGCCCCCGCCCCGGUGUCCCGCAGGGCUAUUGCGCGGAAGCCGUUGAGACCCGACUCGCUGAUCAUCUACCGGCAGAAAUGCGAGUUCACGAGAGGAGCGGGCGCCGACGGCCCCAGGGCGAGCCUGGUGAAGAAGCUCUUCCAGGGGCCGGGGAAGGACAAGGCGCCGGUGCCCCGGACGGGAGACGAGGGCAAGACCCGGAACCCGGAGACCGUCCCGACCCAGCCUGGCGCUGCAGCGGACCUCGCGCCCCCCGAGACUCCAGCCUCAGCCGCGCGCUCCGCGGCGCCCUCGGGUGUCCCGGCCGCGCCCCCUGGCCCCGAGCCGCGGGUGGUGAGGCGUCGGGGGCUGCAGCGCUCGCAGUCGGACCUCAGCUCCCGCUACUCCGCUGCCUUGGCCGAGUCUGACACCUUCUUCCAGUACUGCGGCCUGGACCCCGAGGUGGUGGAGGCCCUGGGGAGGGAGAACUUCACCGCGGGGUCGGACCGUGUGACCCUCAAGGUGCGCAGCGUGAGCGUCGCCACCUCCGGCAGCGGCUUCUCCCGGCACAGCGGCGGCGACGACGACGGGCUGCAGGAGGAGGAGCUGAUUGAGCAGGUGCCCAGCACCACUUCGGUCAUCGAGAGGAACGCCCGCAUCAUCAAGUGGCUGUACACCUGCAAGAAGGCCACGGAGACCCCCAGCCAGGAGCAGAGCAGGACCCGAGGAAGCAAACCUUCCCGGUGAUGAAGACUUUUUGAAGGAUUUCGUGGGUGACUUGGGAUCCCAGGACCAUUUGGCCAGCGUGCCUAAGUGACCACAUGAUUGCUGUUUUACCAGGAAUACAGCAUCCCAUUGACAAAGCUUAAGGGCUCUGAGAAGGUUUAAAAUACUACAGAGAAUAUGGGAACACAGACCUUGAAAUUUAGCUGAGUAACAAGCUGAAGCUCUAAGAGGCAUUUUCCUUGUUUGAGGUGAAACUAGUGUUGCUUCCAGAGGGCAGCUGGAAACCGUAAAGCUGUUUGGAAAUCUUUUUGACUGACUUGCUGACAAAGAGGUGCUGUGAUGCAUUUUAACAAUAUCUAAGUUGAUUUUUUUUUAAUCAAGGAAAAUGAAAACCAAGCAUGAAUGCCAUGGUAUGUACCCCUUUUGACCAUCCUGGACUGACUAGCAUCAUUUAAAUCAAAGUAAUCACUAAAAGGCAUAUUCUGCUUCAAUUCUGUGACCAAAAAAGAGUAAACACACACACUCACACACGCUGACCCCAGUGGCCAGAGCAUUACUGCACUAUAAAUUAUAGUUAAUUCCCAACUAUACUACUGUUUGUCUUAUUUAACAAGUCAGAAAGCACUUUUAAAAUAACUUGAGGGCUACAAGGUCAUGCUAUUAAUGUCAUUCUCCAUUUGGGGUGUAGGCAUGUGGAAGUACCCAUUAAAAGAUAAGUUAGAGUUUAAAUACUGAUAAACAAAACCUUUUAUUGUAACUGGACAGUUUCUGGAGAGUUGGCAGAAGUAUCUUGGAGUUUCCUUUGGUCAGAUGAAUAUAACAUUUCACUUUUGCAGCACUAUUUAGAAUGUACUCCAUAGUUCUCUUGUUCCCAACUUCCAAAAAGAACAGAAAACUUUGGUUUACACGGACCACAGGCAUCUGAGGCAGGACCUCUUCACUGCCCUUUGAUCUGACUCACGCCUCCACAUAUGACAUAACCAACCCAAAUUUGACACCAAUUCACUCUUUUCUGCAAAGGACAUAUUUUGAAACAAGGGACAGCCUGAGGGUGGCUGGAAUGAGAAUGUUGAUGGGGGUUACUGGGUCCCUAAUUCUGAACUUGCUCAUGACACCCAGAGUAAAUAGAUUCAGAUUCAGAACCUUCUGAGAAAUAACCCAAAGAAAAUUUGUUACCCAGCCAAUUCUUCAAAAACUUAGUAUCAAAAUAUAUCUUUUCAAGAAGAAAAUCAUUAGAGAGAAGAAUGUGGAGGGGAGAGAAAUGAGUUUCUCAUUGAUAUGAUAUUUUGUUAGCCAUUUCAUUUUGAAUUAUUCAAGCCUUGGUUAAUAUUGUAUUCUAUUUUUAUAACUAUUUCACCAUGAGAUUAGGUCAUUGGGUUACUUAGAUAUUUAUUUUUACACAGUUAUUAGUCUUCAGAUAGUUUUGUUUUACUUCAGAUGAUUUUAGUUUUUAUCAGUAUAAUUUUAAAUCAUGUUUUUCUUGGUCAUCUCUUUGUGUAUAUUGUAUAAUUGGAUUUUCAUUGACUGCAAGUGGAGUGUUUGCCACUCCAUUAAGUACUCAGUACUAUAGUGGCUUGUUUUCAAAUAAGUCCCAGGUACACAUUUAGGGAGUCUUUGCUGGCCACCAGAUGUACCUUUCUGAAUAUAGAUUCUGUCAGGACAGCAGGUCCCCUGAUCUAAGAAUUUUCCCCAAAGUUUGCUCCAAAAAUGUUGUUGUUUUGUUGUUCACUAUAUUGCACUUAGUUAAAAAAAUAAUAAUAACGUCAAAGAUGAGAGCCGUUUUUUAAAGGAUCUUUUCAUAUACCCAAUUCCCUUAUUUUCAGAUGUCCCAUUAAUUUUAUAUAUGAAAGCUUCAAGUAAAAGUGUGUAUGCCUUUCUACUGUCAGAACAGGAUGGAUGCAGCCUGGGGCGGAUUUAUUUAAGAUAAAAAUGGUGCAGACUCACCAUUCACAUCAUAGGUGAAAAAUAUAAAAACAAAAUGGUUUCAACUAAAACCACCAAGAUCUUUUAGAGAUGUUUUCACCUUUGGUGGUGGUACAGGAAAAGAGAAGAAUUCAGCUGGAGUGAAUUCUAGAAGUAGAUAUCAGAAAAGGGGCAUGAAGAACAGGGGAACUGGGUGGCACCAGACUCCUAAAGAAGUGAGUUAAUUUUCCUUCCCUUCCAUUCAGAUUCAUGCCACGGCUCCAUGUCUUCAGUAUGUGUAAGAGGUGAGAAGUUCUUUCUUCAGCCAGGGGCGAUGGCUCACACCUUUAAUCCCAAUGCUUUGGGAGGCCAAGGUGGGAGGAUCAUUUGUGCCCAGGGGUUCAAGGCUGCAGUGAACCAUGAUUGCACCACUGCACUCCAGCCUGAGUGACAGAGCAAGACCCUAUCUCUAAAAAUAUAUAUAAAAGUCAAACUAAAGAGCUUCUUGCCCAAACCCGAAUUACCCCAAUUUGCUGAGUGACUUUGAGAAAAAUCAGACUGUUUAGUUCAGUCUGGAUGAGAAGUUUGCGAUUGCUUUCCACCAGAAUGAGCAAUGGUGACAGCUGCAAGGUACUUGUAUUUGUUCAUGAAAGAAUGACAAUUUUAAAAAUGUAAUUAAACAUAAUGGAAUGUUUUGAACUGCUGGGCACUGAAACUGACAAAAAGGAGGCUUUAUUGAACAUUGCCCUUUUUCAGUUGGUUCAAAGUUCAGCACUGUGGUUAUCAUUGGUGAUGCCAGAAAACAUUAGUAGACUUUGACAAUUGCUUUGGCAGUUUCUAAACAGAGCUUUUUUCUAUACACUAUUUGCAACUGGAGUGCAAUAUUGUAUAUUCUGUAUUAAAGAAAUAAAGUAUUUUUAUCAUUUAUUAA